GAGGCAGCUUUUCUGAGAAAACAACCCUGGCGAUGUCAUCAGAGUAUAAAGUUUCCACUUCACACUUUAGUAGCUGGUUAAGCACCACACUAAAGAGAGUAGAGCAGCAGCAGUUUGGUGGCUCAUGAGUCAGUGAUUCACUAUUAAACAAUGACAAAGGCUAUUAAUCCUGCUUUUGCUGCCAUCUAGUGGUUACAGUUUUUAUGUUGCUGCAGUGAUGAACGACUGUACGAUAAUGCAAUGUUAUAUUGGGUGUUGGGUGUGGUUAGCUGCGCAAAACAGAUGUAUUAUGGCCAUGCUUUAAAUCAUUUGAGCUACUGCCACAACUUGACAGGUUUAUUUCAAUGAUGUCUAUCGGAAUGAUAUAAUCAGCAACUAUUCUCUUAAUGAUUUACUACUUUACACACAUUUACGUGUUACAUUCUGUAAAGCCAAAUAUUUUGAGCACAACCUGGCCCAAAGUAAGUGACAAAAAGUCACACAAAACAUGUAUCAUCAGUAAGCUAGAAUUGAGUAAUACGUUUGUUAAAUUGGAUCAUAAACUGUGUGGAUGAGUGGAAGACAAAACUCAGAGCUAGAAGGUAGAGAGGCCUGGACAGAAAAGAAAGAUUAGAAACCUCACUAUAAAUAGGCUCAAGCUACUCAGGUGUAGACCAUUUCCUGAUGUCUUAUACUCCACUCUGCCUUUGUCUUCUGAACAAUGAAACCACACCAACAGCAGGCAGCUCUUACUGUAAACUGUUCAUGACUUCCUGCAGACAGUAGCCUAUAUGAAAUCAAUGCAUGUUUACACAUGGACAUUUUUUUCAAUAUAUCACAUUGUUUUAUUUAUCUAUUACUGAUAUUUAGUUAAUAUUGUCAUUAUGAUUAUUUCUUAUUUCACUUUAAACUCAGUCAGAUUUGUUGCACCAAGAAGCAAUUUCACCGGUAAAAUCAACAAAAUCUCAUUUUUGGAAUCCACUGGAAGUUUAACUGAUCUUCUGUGUUACAACAACAUUUAGGAAGAAGGUCAAGGUCAAAGUCAGCAACAGAGCAGUAUAGCUGUAGCUGGCAGGAAGUGAAUGUCUCACACAGGACAGGUUAGCCAGACAGAUUUUUUUGCCAAAGUGUUUGCCAACUGUUGUUUAUGAAGACAAAUUCAUGUUGAUGCUUCAAAGAAGUCAAAUAACGUCAUCAGAAGUUUACCAUUUGAUUUUUGCAGAACAGUGUAGUUUUUGUGGGCUGCUCAGUUUUACACUUCCCACUCCAUCCUUUUCAGCCUACACACUGCACCUCAGCAUUUGUUGUGUGUUUUGUUACAGGUCGCGCUGUUCGAUGCUUCAAACCAGAGGCAAAGUGAUGUGCAGAUCGGUGGGCUCCACUUCAAAAAAGUUGCAGAUCACGACCGUGCUGCAGUAGGUCUCUGCAACACUCCGCUGCAUGGAUCCCAUUUGAUACAGCCGAGAAGAAGGUUACAGCUGGGGCGUGGUUUGAUAUCUCUUUGAAUGAUCUCCUAUAGCAGGCUCCGACAAACAGCACGAAGACGUGUUCAGCAGCUUAUUGUCGUGUGCAAGAUUAAAAUGGACCAAAAGUGGAUUCGUGUUCUAGUGGUUCUGGUGUUUUGUCAAAAAAUGAGCUCAACAGCUGAUGAAGUCCAAACAUUAAAAGAAGGGGUACCGGCUAACAUUAAGUGUGAUCCUAACGCGGGACAGAGCAUCGUCAUCUGGUAUCGGAUGCUGGACACAUCUCACAUGGAAUUCAUUGGAUCUUUCACCAAUGGCAUGCAGAAGACAGAGCCCUCUUCCAACUUCACUUACUCAAAGAUUGGCUCGAAUACCAUAACGCUGAAGUCAUUCAACAAAAUUAAAGACAGCGGCACUUACACCUGUGCGGCCUUUAAAAGUAACAGAUUGAUAUUUGGCCAAGUAACCCGACUGCAGGGAGAAAAAACUGCAGUCGCGACCAAAGCACCGCCGACCACCACCACCAAACAACUCACGACCACCACACCGUGUGCUUGUAACGGUAAAAAUAAGAAAGUAGUGGAAACCAGUCUUUCCGAGAUAUGUUCUCCAAUCAUAUUGGGCCCACUAGCUGGCAGCUGUGGCCUUCUUCUUCUGCUCCUCAUCAUCAUCAGCGUGUACUGCAAUCGAAUAAGGACACGGAGAUGCCCACACCAUUACAAAAGAAAGCCUCGGACGGUGGCUCCUGAAAAACAAAUGAUGACCAACAGACAUGUUUAAUAUACAUGCAAUUUCACGGACCAUGCUAUUUUACAGCGUUGUUUUCUUGCUAUAGAAAUAAUUUUUCAUCUUAUGUUGAGUUUAAUGACAAAUUCUUGGUAAAUAAUUUCUUUGCAUCUUGUUUUAACUGCAUUGUGGUUUGACGGCUGACAGCAAUGCGCUAUUUGUGCUGUUUAUAUACAUUCAGAUUAACUUUUUACUAAACUUUAAUGAAAUUGUAUGAUAUAAAAUGUUGAGUGAUCCAAUCACCAUGAAUGUGGAUAAUAGAAACCACUUAAGUCCUGAGAAUAUUUGAAUUUAGAACCCUAAUUUAUGUGAAUUUAAUGAAGCAAAAAUUGCACAUAAAUCAUUUUAUUUUUGUAUAGAUUUUAUUUUCAUUUAUUCUUAUUCUUUUAGUGUAUUCUUUUAAGAGCUGAUUUUUUGCUGGGUUUUUUUUUUCAGCAUUGCCUAUUCUGUGAAGACUUUUUUAGCCAAGCUUUUGUUUAGUUUUUGUUCUGAAAAAUAAGAUUUCUGGUGAUUCAAAUUCUGUGGUCUCAAAGUACCAGAAAAACAACAACAAAAACCCCACAAUAUCAACAAGUAUUUUUAUUGUUUGCAUUUGUUGUAUCUCAUCCAAUGUCUGAUUUUUUUGAUUGAGAUAUUGUAUAAAAUAAAAUAUCACUCAGACAAUCACUUUUUCUUGGCGGCAGUGAAUUGUAUUUGUCUUUAUUUAUGUUCCUUAUUUUAUUUUAUUAAUAGAAUGUAUAAAACUCAAUCAUUUGCAACCCCAUCAGUCAUUCAGGGUGUUGGCACAAUUUUUACAUUACGUCUGAGCACAUUUGUUUUGUUCUAAGCCCUGCGAGUAAAAGGGAAGUGGGCUGUUGAGUGAAAUACCACUUAAGUCAGGAGAAACAAGAAGAUCUUAAAAUACAGUUUCUGUUCUUAUAAAUUCCCCCUUCAGCUUUCAGGAAACACUGUUUAAUGAUUUUUUCCUGCAGUACUUCUCAUAGGUCUGCAUAUAAAGGUUGUUUUUGUUCCUUAUUUUGGACACUAAUCGUACAGAGAGAAAGUCAUGUAAAAACCAGACUCUACAUACGAUACAGCAGCUACAACAAUC